CAUUGGUAAGCAACUCCGCCGACGCCGGCCUAACGUUCCUUCAGUUGCUUCUUCGACGUCUUCCAAAACCCUAAAAGCCAGCGCUCUCGAACACUCCUGCGAGCCGUUCACAAGCAUCAGGGAGAGCGGUACCGCCCGUUAAUCACUCUAUUGAGCGGUCCGUUUCCAAGCCAGCCAGAUGACAUCCAUCAGGAAGCCGGUGGAUCGCAUUUAUUUGACCAGUCGUCAGGCUCGGGAGGCUAGGGCUUUCAACGAUGCUCCUUUCUCGUCAACAUCUCGAGCAUCAUACAAACCGCAUGAUGUAAUAUCGAUCCUCAAAGAAGAACGAGCAGAAUACGACAAAAACAAAGGCAAAGCCCGCCACGCCGGCGAAUGGUGGGACAAAUCCAACGAUCCCCGACUCCCGUCCUCUUCCCAACCCAACAAACACGCCGAAACGAUCUAUAGAGACAGCUUCAAAUCCCAGGACUACGCCAAAUGGCUCCGCAGCGUCGCCAACGUUCCCGUCGCGGGGAACAAAAGCGCUCCGAAUGAUGGCGCGGCGCCGACGGGACCUAGUGUGGCGGCUGCCGCGGCUGCGAACCCGUUGGCGAAGCGGCAGGUGGUGAAACCGGCGACAGCGCCCGGGGAUUUUAUGAAGGAUUGGGGACAGCAUAGGGUUAGGAAGCAGGUGUCGGGGGAGGACAGUGGGCGGUAUGAUAUCAUUACGGGCUCGAGGCUGUUAUCGUCAUCGCAAUCCAUCAGGCCGUUGAGGAUGUCGUACGAUAAAGUUGAAAACGGAAGGGACAGGAGCUACGACAUAAUCUCUAAUGUCAAGCUGGUACCAUUACCUUCGCAGGAAGCGGAUGUACAAGGAUGAUGAUAAGGAUGAUGAUGGUGAAUCAAGGACUCGAAGUUGCUCCGCUACAUUGUGCAGUGCAUUACUACGUAAUAGAUACCCUAUC